AUGUCAACUGAACAUCAUGGGGUGUUAGAUUGGGGAGAUGGGUACUACAAUGGAGAUAUCAAGACAAGGAAAACUGUUCAAACGAUGGAGAUUGAAGCUGAUGAAUUGGGGUUACAGAGAAGUGAGCAACUUAGGGAGCUCUACGAUUCUCUCUCGGAUGGUGAGGCCAGUCUGCAAUCCAGGAGACCCUCGGCAGCACUGUCGCCGGAAGAUUUGACUGAUACUGAGUGGUAUUAUCUGGUCUGCAUGUCUUUCCUGUUCAACAUUGGCCAAGGUUUGCCUGGGAGAUCGUUGGCUAAUCGCCAGCAGAUUUGGCUCUGUAAUGCUUAUUGUGCUGAUAGCAAAGUUUUCACCCGCUCUCUUCUAGCAAAGACUGUUGUGUGCUUUCCCAUCUUAAGAGGCGUCUUGGAGAUUGGCUCAACUGAGAAAGUGUUGGAGGACUACAGCCUGAUUCAGCACAUCAGAAGCUUGUUCUUCGACAAUCCAGAUCCCUUAACUUCAGAGAAGUGGAUUACAGGACAUCACGAUGAAGAACUCGAUGAGAUCCUAAUGGAAUCCCAGCUUGUUGUUCCAGGAUUCCACGGUGCAGAAUUCGAGAUGGCAGCUGCUGCUACUUCUCCUUGCAAUGACAGCUCAAAUGAUGAAGCUGCGGAUGAUUCAUUCAUCAUCGAAGGGGUAGAUGGUGGUGGUGGUGGUGGAGUAGCUGAAGCUUCACAAGUGGAAAGUUGGCUGUUGAUGGAUGAUGAUGAUGAUGAUCUCAGUGCUCCUAGUAUCAACCGUUCCUUGAACUCAAGCGAAUCCAUAUCUCAAACCAUUGCAGACCCACAGAACUUUGUCGCUUUCCCUCAAAGCGACUCUGAGGCCUGCAAUCGUGUGAAAAUGGCUGCACCGGGACUUCCAAGCAACGAUUUGCAUUAUCAGAGUGUUGUCUCGUCAAUACUCAAGACCUCUCACCCACUGAUUCUUGGACCGCAUCUCCGGAACUGUCGUCAGGAAUCCAGCUUCCUCAGCUGGAAGAAGGUGGGAUUCAUGCAGCAGCAAUCUCAGAAUGUUAAGGUUGGGAUCCAGCAGAAAAUGUUGAAGAAGAUUCUAUUUGAUUUCCCACAGAAGCACAUCUAUGGCUAUACACCAGAUAAUGGGUUUAUAGAUGGAGAUUUGAUAUCGGAAGCUGAUGAAGUUAGCAUGAAUCAAAUGUUAUCGGAGAGGAAACAGAGAGAAGUACUUGAUGAAAGGCUCAUGAUUUUAAAGUCAAUGGUUCCUUCAGUCAACAAGGUUGAUAGGGUAUCCAUACUAGAGGAGACGAUAAAGUACCUUCAAGAACUUGAAAGAAGAGUCGAGCAGCUGGAAACACAGCGACAGCAAAUGGAGCCAGAGGUAAUAAGCACAGAGAGGAAAAUAAACCAAAGAACUUCAUCAGAGAGAACAUCUGAUAAUUAUGGAAGCACCAAGAGAAAUGGCAGUGCCAGUAGGACAGUUGGAAACAAGAGGAAAGCAUCCGAGACCAUUGAAAUGAGGCCGAAGAUCAAGGUCAAUAUUGCCACUAAAGGUGAUAAUGUGAAUGUCAGCAUGAACAUGAAUGGGCCUGUGAUCAAGGUCCAUUGUCCAUGGAGAGAAGGGAUACUAAUUCGGAUAAUGGAAGAGUUAACCCGUCUUCAUUUAGAUUCUCACUCAGUUCGAACAUCCACCUCUGAUGGAAUUCUCUCCGUAACCAUUGAAUCCGAGCAUAAAGGAGUGACUGGUGGAGGAGGAACAGCGUCAGCAGGAGCGAUCAAAAGGGCGCUUGAAAGAGUUGCCAUGGGGAAGAAGGACCUCUUAUGA